UUGGAUCAUCAGUUUUCAGGAGCGACUUUGAUGGUUUCAUCAAUGCACUGGACAAGAUUGUACCCACAUGUGGAAUAAGCCAAUCCAUCACCGGUACAGAAUAGAUGCACACUGAUGCUGCUUAUCACACGUGGAAAUAACUGCUUGAAAUGAUCUGAUGCUGCUGCUUAUCACACUAACUGGAUCUGAGUUUGUGGUGUAAAACAAAAAGGGAAUGAACGAGGAUUGAAGAAGGUGGAGAGAAAGGAAAAUAAUGGCAGAGGAAGUUUGGAGUGUUUCAACCUCGGCUGCUUGACGCUCGCUUGGCCGGAGGGCGGCGUCUUUUCACCGGGGACGAUUCCGCUGAACGGAGCAUCAGGACAGACAGACGCUUUCACCGAGAGUCCAAACAAAUCCAAACAAACGAGCAAAACAAGAGAAAGCCCGAGCAGCGGAAACUCCACCAGUCUUUCCUGUUUCUGAGGUCAGAGUUCAGCAGUCGUCAUGGCAGACGAAUCAGACAUGCGUAAUGAGCUGUCCGACAUGCAGACACGUGCAGACCAGAUAGCCGAUGAGUCUUUGGAAAGCACUCGACGAAUGCUGGCUCUGGUUGAGGAGAGUAAAGAUGCUGGUAUCAGGACCCUGGUUAUGUUGGAUGAGCAGGGAGAGCAACUUGAUCGUGUGGAGGAGGGCAUGAACAAGGUGCACGCAGACCUGAAGGAGGCCGAGAAAGAUUUAAAAGAUAUAGGACAAUGCUGUGGUCUGAUAUGCCCAUGUGUAAAAAAGAUAAAGGGCGGAGGCCAGGCCUGGGGAGCAAACCAGGAUGGAGUGGUGAACAGUCAGCCUGGAGCUCGAGUGGUGGACGAGCGUGAACAGAUGGCUAUCAGCGGGGGCUUCAUCCGCAGGGUAACAGACGAUGCCAGGGAAAAUGAGAUGGAUGAGAAUCUGGAGCAGGUGGGCGGCAUCAUUGGCAAUCUGCGUCACAUGGCCCUGGACAUGGGACAGGAAAUUGACACCCAGAACCGCCAGGUUGACAGGAUCAUGGAAAAGGCUGAUUCCAACAAGACCAGGAUUGAUGAGGCCAACCAGCGUGCGACAAAGAUGUUGGGCAGUGGCUAGAACACUGCAGCGAGAAUUGCUUUCAUCCCUGUUUCACCCCCCCCCCCCCCCC